AUUCCGCGCCGCUCCGCCCAGGGGGGCGGCCGCGGCCUGCUUCCCGCCGCCACGGCUUCCUCGGCCGCGCCGGGGCGGGCCGGGAGGCGCCAUGGAGGAUGCCGAUUACUUCGGGGGCAGCACGGCGGAGUGGGGGGACGACGCGGACGGAGGGGCGCAGGACGAUGAGGAUGGAGAGGGAGAGGACGAUGCUGGCGUCCAGCAGGAAUGCUUGCAGAAAUUUUCCACCCGGGACUACAUAAUGGAGCCGUCUAUAUUUAACACGCUGAAGAGGUAUUUCCAGGCAGGAGGUUCUCCAGAGAAUGUGAUCCAGCUCCUGUCUGAAAACUAUACUGCCGUGGCACAGACCGUGAAUCUGCUGGCAGAGUGGCUCAUUCAGACAGGUGUCGAGCCAGUGCAAGUUCAGGAGACUGUAGAAAACCAUUUAAAGAGCUUACUUAUCAAGCAUUUUGAUCCUCGGAAAGCAGAUUCCAUCUUUACAGAGGAAGGAGAGACUCCAGCCUGGCUUGAGCAAAUGAUAGCACAUACUACGUGGAGAGAUCUCUUUUACAAGUUGGCAGAAGCACAUCCAGACUGCUUAAUGCUUAAUUUUACUGUGAAGCUUAUAUCUGAUGCUGGAUAUCAAGGGGAAAUAACCAGCGUUUCAACAGCAUGUCAGCAGCUGGAAGUUUUUUCUAGAGUCUUGCGUACAUCUCUGGCAACAAUUUUAGAUGGAGGAGAAGAAAACCUUGAGAAAAACCUCCCUGAGUUUGCUAAGAUGGUGUGCCAUGGAGAACACACAUAUCUCUUUGCUCAAUCUAUGAUGUCCAUAUUAGCCCAAGAAGAGCAAGGAGGGUCAGCUGUCAGACGGAUUGCUCAGGAGGUUCAACGAUAUGCUCAUGAGAAAGGCCAUGAUGCUAGUCAGAUCACUUUGGCAUUGGGUACUGCUGCCUCCUAUCCUCGAGCGUGUCAAGCACUUGGUGCAAUGUUGUCCAAGGGAGCUCUGAAUCCAGCAGAUAUCACUGUCCUAUUCAAAAUGUUUACAAGCAUGGACCCGCCUCCAGUAGAACUGAUUCGAGUACCUGCCUUUCUGGACCUCUUCAUGCAGUCAUUGUUUAAGCCAGGCGCUAAGAUCAAUCAGGACCACAAACAUAAAUAUAUUCACAUACUGGCAUAUGCAGCUAGCGUAGUAGAGACGUGGAAAAAGAAUAAGAGAGUCAGCAUAAACAAAGAUGAACUCAAAUCAACUUCAAAAGCCAUUGAAACUGUUCACAACUUAUGUUGUAAUGAGAACAAAGGUGCAUCAGAGCUGGUUGCAGAACUGAGCACUCUCUAUCAGUGCAUCAGGUUUCCAGUGGUGGCAAUGGGUGUGUUAAAGUGGGUGGACUGGACAGUGUCAGAACCACGAUAUUUUCAGCUGCAGACUGAUCACACUCCAGUGCAUCUGGCAUUACUGGAUGAGAUCAGUACAUGCCAUCAGCUGCUUCAUCCCCAAGUUCUGCAGCUUCUUGUCAAGCUCUUUGAAACAGAACAUUCUCAGCUUGAUGUAAUGGAACAGCUGGAAUUGAAGAAAACUCUCUUGGAUAGAAUGGUGCACUUACUCAGUCGAGGAUACGUCCUGCCUGUCGUCAGCUAUAUCCGCAAAUGCCUGGAGAAACUAGAUACAGAUAUUUCUCUCAUCAGAUACUUUGUUACAGAGGUGCUGGAUGUGAUUGCUCCUCCAUACACCUCAGACUUCGUACAGCUUUUUCUUCCAAUCUUGGAGAAUGAAAGUAUUGCAGGUACUAUUAAAACAGAAGGUGAACAUGAUCCUGUCACUGAGUUUAUAGCUCACUGCAAAUCUAACUUUAUUAUGAUGAACUAAGCAGUGGAAAAAUCAAGAAUGCAGAGCACGUGACUGCUACCUUGCCACGCUCUCCACCAGUAAGGUUCUAUAACUGGGCAACAGCAAAAAAAAAAAAAAAAAAAAAAAAAAAACCAAAAAAACCCACACCAAGGAAGAAAGGGCUAAAGGGCAUUUAAUUCAUUUGCAGGGUGACCUUGAGCUUUACAUCAGGAGGACUCACAAUGUACUUUGGAAAAAUGGAAUAAUAGUUCAGGAUCUUCUGUUGUUACAUAAAUCAGUAUAAAUCUAAAUAUUCUGAAAUGGGUAGCAGAAGAGAAUUAGAUUCAUUUCAAAGAAUGUUAUUUUUGGUUAGACAUAGACUUUUUUCCCACUGAUUUUGUGUAAUACACAAAACCUUAAGAAUGGAAAAUAGUUCUUACUAAAAUCAUUUUGCAGAUAGUUCACAGAAGACUAAGUCUUGAAUGCUCUAGGCUUUGAUCUUGAGAGUUGCAUAAAGGAGUUUGUGUGAUUAGCUCUGUGAUGUGGAGAAUCCAGAAUGCCUCUUUUUCACUGUUGCAUUACAUUAGAAUUCUAAAUAUCUUAUAUAUUUGCUGUUAUGAAGAAACAUGUUUUGUGUAACAACCAAGAUCAGUUCUGUGUUAACAGAUGAAUCCUGUGUGAGUGUGAUACCUUUCAGAAUCUUUUUUUUGUUUGUUUGUUUAUUUGUUUGUUUUGUUAAAUAGAUGCACCAAAUAUUACUGGUAAGUUUCAUUACCAUGUCAGAAUUCUAUUAUUGUCCAAAACUAUGUAUGCAAAAAAUACAUUACUUGAUGUGGCUUGUCUUUAUAUUUCUCUAUUCUACCCUGGUUGAUGCUAAACAGUGGGGAAUAUGCCCUUGAUCAUGAUCUACUUUUAAAUAAAGGCUUUUUCUUUACCAGA